CUCACCUCAUGCACCAUGCAGGCCAACAAUCACCGAUAUUUGUCAGUGAAUAACUCAAACCAUGCUAAUGAUGAAUAUGAUUUUGAGGAAGAUGAUAACUUGUCUACACAUGAUUCAGAAGACAGCGAUGAAGGCACAGAAGAAGCAAGUGAGUCUGAAAUGGCGAAAGGUGGAGAGGGAUGUACAGAAAUCAAAGAACAGGUAUACCGGGAUAAGCUAUUUAACCUGAAGGCACAGUUAAACCAGCUGAAAGAAGGCACUCACCCCGAAUACAACCGUUUGGUGAAGAAACUUGAGGUAGAAUGGAGAGAAAGGUUACGAAUGAUGAACGUAAUUUGGAGGGACUACUUGGUCGAUUGUGUGGAAAGGGACUAUAUAAAUGAGAAAAGAGCGGCAAACAAAGAGCUGGAAGAGAAGAAGAUCGAACUGAGGCAGAACUUAAUAUCGGAAAUGGAAGAGAAACGGAGGAUAGUGGAUUCCGAGAGGAACACAAUGGAGUUGAGCGGGGACUGUGCGGAGACAAAGCCGGCGAUGACGAGGAAGCUGCGGCGGAGACCACACGACCCCGUGCCGUUGCCGGACAAGCGGCGGGGCAAGAGUGCGUCCCACCCGUUACACCUCAACUACCUGGCCGACGAGAAGGAGAUUGACAUGGAUAUCAAGGCCAUCCUGCGUGGUCCGCACCGUGGCUCCACUUCACGUAAGCCAGUUAUGAUAUCGGGCAGCGGAGUGACAAUGGGACCAUUGCCAACAGAAAAUUCAGUCAUGGAAACCAGGAUAGAAGAUGGAAAGCUUCUAUAUGAAAGAAGAUGGUUUCAUAGAGGACAGCCCGUGUACGUGGAGGGCAAGGAUACCCCUCGGUUCCCUGCUAUCAUAUCUGCCAUAGCUACUGAAGUGUUGUGGGUGAAGAAGACCUCAGACUCCAGCAAAGUGAAGAUCUACAUGUCACAUCUGUCCAGUGGUAAGAUGACUAUCAAGAGGAGGGCGGCGUGAACAUUGCCUACAACAAAGAUUUCUUGUCAACUAAGAUGAGUUUUCUCUGCCUGACUAUGUAGAAAGCUGUACAUAAUCCAGCGGCUGCAUACAAGUACAAGUCAUUUUUCAAUAAUUGCAAAAAUGAGUACAAAUUUGCAAAAGCCAAUGGUUUGUAAAUAUGUCUGAAACCGGUAAUAUUCUAUAACAGUAGAGUGUCAAUAAUUUGAAUGUAAAAAAUCCAGACUAUGAUAAUCUGGAUUUGUUUUUGGUCAAAAGAAUAAAAGUCCUUUGUGAAUAUAA